AUGGCGGGCCUGUUGAAGGGAAAGCUGGCGUUGGUGACGGGGUCCUCUCGAGGUAUCGGAGCUGCCAUCGCUGCCAAUCUGGCCGCGAAGGGCAGCGAUGUGGUUCUCAACUACACAUCCUCGUCGUCUCAAUCCAUCACCAAGGAGCUGUCCGACAGCCUGAUCAGCCAACACGGCAUCAAGACCUAUAUCGUCCAGGCUGACCUCGGCACCCCAGGCGGGCCCGCUGAGCUGAUCAAACUUACCAAGGAGCAGUUCACCUCGGCCAACAGCGAUCGACCUUUCCAGAUCGACAUCAUCGUCAACAACGCCGGCAUCGCCCUCAACGACAAGAUCCCGGACCUCACGACUGAGCAGUUCGAGAAGACGUACCGGGUCAACGUUCUCGGACCGCUGCUCCUCAUGCAGGCUGCGGAGCCGUACCUGCCUACUGACCGUUCCGGCCGCGUCGUCAACCUGUCCUCCGUGUCCAGCGCUACCGGCUUCGUGGGUCAGAGCGUCUACGGCGGCACCAAGGCCGCCCUCGAGGCCAUGACGCGGACCUGGGCCCGUGAGCUCUCGGAACGCUGCACCGUCAACGCCGUCAACCCGGGACCCGUGCUGGGGCCCAUGUACGCGUCCAACACGGACGAGUUCAAGGCGCAGAUCAAGGGCUGGAUCGAGCACACGCCGCUGAUGAGGCCGAGGGAGGGCAUCGACGCACAGGGGCUUGUCGAGGAUGCCAAGACGAGCGGCGGCAGGCCUGCGUACCCGAGUGAGGUUGCUGGAAUCGUCGGUAUGCUUUGUACGCCUGACGCGGCCUGGUGUACGGGUCAGGUCGUCUGUGCCAACGGUGGUAUGAUCUUGUAG